AUGAUGGAAAUGGCCUUAUCUUCACUUCUACAGGUACUAUUUGAUAGACUAGCUUCCCCAGCUAUAGCACAGCUUCGGGAUCUCUGUGGCCUUAAGCAGAAUUUUGAGAAGCUACUGCAGUCGCUGCCGAUGAUUCAAGCUUUGCUUGAAGAUGCAGAAGAGCGACAAGAGACAGAUAGUAUUGUGAAGAAAUGGCUGUCAAAGCUCAAAGGCGCAGCUUAUGAUGCUGAGGAUUUAUUGGAUGAGCUUGCAUCAGAAAUCAUGCUAUGUGAGAUGAGCAGUAGCAUUGGAGAUCAGGUACGCAGCUUUCUUCUGCCUUUUCACCCUUCCAAAGAUCUCUUUCAUAUUGCUUGUCAUCAACUUCCAGAAAUGCUUGUGGCCUUAGAUGAGAUUAUUGAGAAGGGUUUCAGCUUAAAUUUGACACAAAAGGUUCAUAAUACGCUUUCUGAGAGCUCAAUUAGCUAUAGAGAGACUAUCUCUUUAGUGAUUGAAUCUGAGGUGUAUGGAAGAAGGGAAGAUAAAGAAAAGAUUAUAGAGCUUCUGCAUACCACCAGCAAUGGGAAAAACAGAGGAGAUGUUCCAAUCAUUCCAAUUGUUGGAAUAGGAGGCCUAGGCAAGACAACAUUAGCUCAAUUGGUCUACGGUGAUGCUGGUUUGAUGGGGUGCUUUGAUAUGAAAAUAUGGGUGUAUGUUUCUAAUGAUUUUGAAAUUAAAAUGAUUAUUACAGCCAUUAUAGAGUCUGUAACACUGAGGAAAUGUGAAUUUACAAAUUUGGAUAUACUUUCUCGUAAGCUGCAGGAAACUUUAUGUGGGAAGAGGUAUCUACUGGUUUUGGAUGAUGUAUGGAAUGAAGAUCAAUAUAAAUGGCAAAGAUUUCAAACUUUACUAAAAGGUUGUGUGAAAGGAAGCAAGAUAAUAGUCACCGCUCGAAGUGACAAAGUUGCAUCAAUAGUAGGAACUUUCUCCUAUCAUCUCAAGGGCUUGGCUGAGGAUGAUUCUUGGGCUUUGUUCAAGCAGUACGCUUUUGGUCAGGGAGAAGAGGAAGGUCAUCCUAACUUGUUGCCAAUUGGAAAACAAAUUGUUAAGAAAUGUGGAGGCGUGCCGCUAGCAGCACGGACCCUGGGAGGUUUAUUGCGCGACAGAAGAGAGGAGAGUUACUGGUUGGAUGUGAAAGAGAGUGAACUUUGGGAAAUGGAUGAUGGCCAAAGUGAAAUUUUGCCGACCCUAAGAUUGAGUUAUAGUCUGUUGCGACCAUAUCUGAAACGAUGCUUUGCAUACUGUUCGCUGUUUCCAAAAAGUUAUGAGUUCAAGAAGGAGAAGUUAAUCCAUCUUUGGAUGGCAGAAGGCUUGAUUCUAGCAAAUAAAGAACGUAGGCCAUUAGAGGACAUUGGAAAUGAUUAUUUCAAUCAACUAUUGUGCCUGUCCUUCUUUCAGGAAGUUAAGGAAAGUAAAGAUGAUGGCAUGAAAGUUUACAGAAUGCAUGAUCUCAUUCAUGAUCUUGCCCAAGCUGUUGCUGGGGAUGAAUUCUUGAAACUAGAGCAUGCCCCUACUCCAAGCAAUCUUGCAAAAACUCGUCACUCAUCAAUACUUUCCAAUUUUCAAUCAUCUAUAAUCCCACUAGCCUUGCUGACAGCAAAACGUCUCAGAACCUUGCUUUUGUUGUCUCCUGGAGUCAGCUCUGGGGAGACACUGAACCUCUCAGGUUGCUACCAACUUCUGAAGCUGCCUGAUAGCAUGGGAAAGUUGAUUAACCUAAGACACCUUAAAAUAUCUGGAUGCGUAAGAUUGACCCAUAUGCCAACCAGGAUUGGAAAGUUGGUUCACGUUCAGACAUGGCCGAUAUACAUUGUGGGCAGGGGAAUUGGGGAAAGCAUUGCAGAACUCAGCUGUCUAAACCUAAGGGGUGGACUUAACAUUAAAUGCUUGGAGAAUGUGAAUGAUGCAGAAGAAGCAAAGACUGCUAAUUUGAAAGCGAAGCACCUUCACGUUUCCAAAUUGGCUUCUUCCAAGUUUGACUGGGGUUGUACUGACCAAUUCAAAGGAUGUAAAGCUUUACCCACCCUUGGGCAGCUUCCAUUUCUUAAGAAUCUAUACCUGCAAGCAAUGGAAGGCAUUGAGUGCAUUGGCCAAGACUUCUAUGGCAGAGACAUCCAGGCGCCAUUCUCUUCUCUCAAAGAACUAACCCUCAGAGAUUUUCCAAAGUUGAAAGAAUGGUGUGGCAGUAAUGGCAAACAAAGUUGCAAUGUUGCAAUGUUGCAAUGUUGCCAUGCAUUGCUUAUAAAAUCCAUGGAAAAUCUGACCUCACUCUCCAUUCUUGUGAUUGAUGGUUUCCCUGAGUUGCCACUCUUAUCAGGAGACCUGCUAAAAAACAAUAUUCUUCUCACCUCUCUGAAGUUUAGCUCAUGCCCUAAUCUUUCUUUGCUGCCUUUGGAAAUAGAGAAUCUCACUGCUCCAACAUCACUGACCAUAAGUUGGUGUAAGGAGCUUAAAUCUUUGCCACAAGGAUUGCAAAACCUUAAAUUACUGGAGUCUUUGGAAAUCAGUGACUGCCAUAGACUUAAGUCUUUGCCAGAGGAUGGUAUUCAAGGUUUGAGCUCCCUAAGAACUUUGUCCAUUGAGAACUACGAUAAGCUGUCUUCUUUAUCAACAGGACUGCAAUACCUCAGUGCACUUGAGCACUUGAGCAUUAUGUACUGCCCAAAAUUACCUGCUCUGCCAGAUGAUUUGCACAACCUCUCAGCGCUUCGAAGUUUGAGCAUUUUAAGUUGUCCUAGUCUGGUUUGUCUGCCAGAGGGGCUACCUCAUAUUAAGACAUUGCAAACUUUGGAAAUUCGUAGCUGUCCUUGUCUCAGUGAUUUUUCUUGA